AUGGAUCGUUUCAGACGAGAUCUUCCGCAGCGGUAUCAUUCUCAGGCACGGCACAAUGGCUCGAAUAGCUCGCAUUCCUCUGUGAAUCCCAAUCCCAACGCUGCAGAACAGGGUUGCACCCGUGUGUCACCAGCUGCUACUCCCAUUCAAGACAGCAACGCUGCAGAACAGGGUUGCACCCGUGUGUCACCAGCUGCUACUCCCAUUCGAGACAGCAACGCUGCAGAACAGGGUUGCACCCGUGUGUCACCAGCUGCUACUCCCAUUCGAGACAGCAACGCUGCAGAACAGGGUUGCACCCGUGUGUCACCAGCUGCUACUCCCAUUCAAGACAGCAACGCUGCAGAACAGGGUUGCACCCGUGUGUCACCAGCUGCUACUCCCAUUCAAGACAGCAACGCUGCAGAACAGGGUUGCACCCGUGUGUCACCAGCUGCUACUCCCAUUCAAGACAGCAACGCUGCAGAACAGGGUUGCACCCGUGUGUCACCAGCUGCUACUCCCAUUCAAGACAGCAACGCUGCAGAACAGGGUUGCACCCGUGUGUCACCAGCUGCUACUCCCAUUCAAGACAGCAACGCUGCAGAACAGGGUUGCACCCGUGUGUCACCAGCUGCUACUCCCAUUCAAGACAGCAACGCUGCAGAACAGGGUUGCACCCGUGUGUCACCAGCUGCUACUCCCAUUCGAGACAGCAACGCUGCAGAACAGGGUUGCACCCGUGUGUCACCAGCUGCUACUCCCAUUCAAGACAGCAACGCUGCAGAACAGGGUUGCACCCGUGUGUCACCAGCUGCUACUCCCAUUCAAGACAGCAACGCUGCAGAACAGGGUUGCACCCGUGUGUCACCAGCUGCUACUCCCAUUCAAGACAGCAACGCUGCAGAACAGGGUUGCACCCGUGUGUCACCAGCUGCUACUCCCAUUCGAGACAGCAACGCUGCAGAACAGGGUUGCACCCGUGUGUCACCAGCUGCUACUCCCAUUCGAGACAGCAACGCUGCAGAACAGGGUUGCACCCGUGUGUCACCAGCUGCUACUCCCAUUCGAGACAGCAACGCUGCAGAAAAGGGUUGCACCCGUGUGUCACCAGCUGCUACUCCCAUUCGAGACAGCAACGCUGCAGAACAGGGUUGCACCCGUGUGUCACCAGCUGCUACUCCCAUUCGAGACAGCAACGCUGCAGAACAGGGUUGCACCCAUUUCGCGCUGGGCAGCAUGCCAGCGCACGGUUCCGAUUUUCCGGUGGUGCUCGGGCAGCAUCCGAGAAAAAAGUCCUUUCUUUUUUCCUGUCUCCUCCCUCGCGGUUUUCUAAUCCAGGAAAAGCGUUAUGCUAGGUCGUCCACUGACGGCCCCACGUUCGCCGAGGCCAUGGCUUUGUGGGAGAAAAAGGCAGCCUUGCUGCAGGCGCAGCGUCAUGCUCUGCUGCAGGCGCAGCGUCAUGCUGUGCUGCAGGCGCAACAUGAUGCUUGGAUGGCCUAUCCUGCUCGCAAUCUGGCUGCUGAGGAGGAGGAGGACUCGUGGGCGUUUCUCCUGAGGACGAGGAAGUGCCUCAAGCUGAAGUAG